CAACAACAACAAUAACAUCAAAAAGGCCGCCACAACAACGUCAACAAGACAUCGAUCUAACCUUGUUUGAAACCAAUUGGACUAAAUACAAACAAUGAACGGAAUUUCUGUGGAUAUCAACCAUCUAAAGAAAGGUGAGGUCAGCUUGGGUACUUCCAUCAUGGCUGUUACCUUCAAAGAUGGUGUUGUUCUAGGAGCAGAUUCCCGUACCACAACGGGUUCCUAUAUCGCAAACCGUGUCACCGACAAGCUCACACAAUUGCACGAUCUCAUCUGGUGUUGUCGUUCGGGUUCCGCAGCAGACACACAGGCUGUUGCAGACAUUGUGAAGUACUACUUGGACCUCUACGUGGCACAGCAUGGACACGCUCCACCUCCAAAGGUGGCAGCCUCGUUGUUACAGGAAUUGACAUAUAAGAACAAGGACAACCUGACAGCAGGGUUGAUCCUUGCAGGGUUUGACGAGCACAACGGUGUUGGUGAAGUCUACAGCAUACCAUUAGGUGGCUCAAUACAUAAGCAGAAGUUUGCCAUUGCCGGCUCUGGUUCGAGUUAUAUCUACGGUUGGACAGAGAAGAACUAUAAAUCCGAUAUGACCCAAGAUGAGGUGGUUUCGUUUGUCAAAACGGCACUGUCACAGGCCAUAAAGUGGGAUGGCUCCUCUGGUGGUGUGAUUAGACAGGUCAUUUUGACGAAGAAAGGUAUCGAACGUCUGGUCUUUUACCCUGAUGAAUAUGAAAACGCUUAGAGAUGUCAUCGUUAUUAAUUCAUGUGCAUUGUGAACAACGGGGAAGCUCUGCAAUGGC